AGCUCCGGUGCCCAGGCUUGUAGCCGCCGCCCCACCGCUGCCCACUCUGCUCGCAGGCGCUUCCCGGGACGUGGGGCCUCCGAGAGGUUGGCCUGCUAAGGCAGCUGCCCUGCCUGACCCACAGACAUCUGUCAAUCUUUCUGCCAUCCUGACCCCAGGAGACCCAGAGAUCAAGGAAAGGAGUGGAGCAUGGUGUAGACACCCUCCGGCAAGCCCAGGGAGCCCAGGCCCGCACAUCUGAAGGAAGGAAGCGGGUGGCCAGCAUCCUGCCCACCAUGGCCUCAGCUGACAAGAAUGGCAGCAACCUCCCAUCCGUGUCUGGUAGCCGCCUGCAGAGCCGGAAGCCACCCAACCUAUCCAUCACUAUCCCGCCACCAGAGACCCAGGCCCCCAGCGAGCAGGCUACCAUGCUUCCUGAGAGGCCCAAGAACCCAGCCUUCCUGAAGAGCGUCAGCCUCCAGGAACCCCGGGGACGAUGGCAGGAUGGCGCAGAGAAGCGCCCUGGCUUCCGCCGCCAGGCCUCCCUGUCCCAGAGCAUCCGCAAGGGCACAGCCCAGUGGUUUGGGGUCAGCGGCGACUGGGAGGGCAAGCGACAGAACUGGCAGCGUCGCAGCCUGCACCACUGCAGCGUGCACUACGGCCGCCUCAAGGCCUCGUGCCAGAGAGAACUGGAGCUGCCCAGCCAGGAGGUGCCGUCCUUCCAGGGCACUGAGUCUCCAAAACCGUGCAAGAUGCCCAAGAUUGUGGAUCCACUGGCUCGGGGUCGGGCCUUCCGCCACCCAGAUGAGGUGGACCGGCCUCAUGCUGCCCACGCGCCUCUGACCCCAGGGGUCCUGUCGCUCACGUCCUUCUCCAGCGUCCGCUCUGGCUACUCCCAUCUGCCCCGCCGCAAGAGGAUAUCUGUUGCCCAUAUGAGCUUUCAGGCAGCCGCAGCCCUCCUCAAGGGGCGCUCCGUGCUGGAUGCAACUGGGCAGCGGUGCCGGAAUGUCAAGCGCAGCUUCGUCUACCCCAGCUUCCUGGAGGAGGACGCCGUGGACGGAGCAGACACCUUCGACUCCUCCUUUUUUAGUAAGGAAGAAAUGAGUUCCAUGCCUGAUGACGUGUUUGAGUCUCCUCCACUCUCUGCUAGCUACUUCCGAGGUGUUCCAUCCUCCGCCUCCCCAGUCUCCACCGAUGGAGUGCAAAUCCCACUAAAAGAAUACAGCAGCCGAGCCCCAGGUCCCGGGACCCAGCGCGGCAAGCGCAUUGCCUCCAAAGUCAAGCACUUUGCGUUUGACCGGAAGAAGAGGCACUACGGCCUGGGCGUGGUGGGCAACUGGCUGAACCGAAGCUACCGGCGCAGCAUCAGCAGCACCGUGCAGCGGCAGCUGGAGAGCUUCGACAGCCACCGACCCUACUUCACCUACUGGCUGACCUUCGUGCACAUCCUCAUCACCUUGCUGGUGAUCUGCACCUACGGCAUUGCACCUGUGGGCUUUGCCCAGCAUGUCACCACCCAGCUGGUGCUGAAAAACAGAGGCGUGUAUGAGAGCGUGAAAUACAUCCAGCAGGAGAACUUCUGGAUUGGCCCCAGCUCGAUUGACCUCAUCCACCUGGGAGCAAAGUUCUCACCCUGCAUCCGGAAGGACCGGCAAAUUGAGCAGCUGAUACGGAGGGAGCGUGACAUCGAGCGCACCUCUGGCUGCUGUGUCCAGAAUGACCGCUCGGGCUGCAUCCAGACUCUGAAGAAGGACUGCUCGGAGACUUUAGCCACGUUUGUGAAGUGGCAGAAUGAUACGGAGUCCUCAGACAAGUCUGACCUGGGCCAGAAGCAGCCAUCAGCAGUUGUGUGCCACCAAGACCCCAGGACCUGUGAAGAGCCAGCCUCCAGUGGGGCCCACAUCUGGCCUGAUGACAUUACCAAGUGGCCGAUCUGCACAGAGCAGGCCCAGAGCAACCGCACGGGCUUGUUGCACAUAGACUGUAAGAUCAAAGGCCGCCCCUGCUGCAUCGGCACCAAGGGCAGCUGUGAGAUCACCACCCGGGAGUAUUGUGAGUUCAUGCAUGGCUAUUUCCACGAAGAGGCAACACUCUGUUCCCAGGUGCACUGUUUGGAUGAGGUGUGUGGCCUUCUGCCUUUCCUCAACCCUGAGAUCCCCGACCAGUUCUACCGGAUCUGGCUAUCUCUGUUCCUGCAUGCUGGCAUAGUGCACUGCCUUGUGUCUGUGGUCUUCCAAAUGACCAUCCUGAGGGACUUAGAGAAGCUGGCCGGCUGGCACCGUAUCUCCAUCAUCUUCAUCCUCAGUGGUAUUACAGGCAACCUGGCCAGCGCCAUCUUCCUUCCCUAUCGGGCAGAGGUGGGCCCAGCCGGGUCACAGUUCGGCCUCCUCGCCUGCCUCUUCGUGGAGCUGUUCCAGAGCUGGCAGCUACUGGAGCGACCAUGGAAGGCCUUCUUCAACCUGUCGGCCAUUGUGCUUUUCCUCUUCAUUUGUGGCCUCCUGCCCUGGAUAGACAACAUAGCGCACAUCUUCGGUUUCCUCAGCGGCAUGCUCCUGGCCUUCGCCUUCCUGCCCUACAUCACCUUUGGCACCAGCGAUAGGUACCGCAAGCAAGCCCUCAUCCUGGUGUCGCUGCUGGUCUUCGCCGGGCUCUUCGCUUCCCUGGUGCUGUGGCUGUACAUCUACCCCAUCAACUGGCCCUGGAUCGAGUACCUCACCUGCUUUCCCUUCACCAGCCGCUUCUGUGAGAAGUACGAGCUAGACCAGGUGCUGCACUAACGACAGACAAGGCUGACCCCAGACGAGACAGGUUCCCCAGGGAGAUGACACCUCCCUUUCUCAGGUCCCAAUGUUCCUGACCCAAGUCUUGGGGACAUCCAGGACACCUGCUUCUCCGAGGCUCGGGUCCCAGGCCCUGCCUGCCUCUCUGGCCCCAUAGGGAUGAUAACUUUUCUUCCCAGGGCUUGGGCUUCUGCAGGUGCUGUCUCCCCACUGUCACUGUGACUGUGACCUCGCCAGACACACAGCUGCUCCCUCAGUUGUCCCCAGGGUUGAGGUCUCUACCAUGCUGCUAUGACCCCCUUUUCCUGUCUCUCCUCUCCUCCCUGUCCUUCAGGCCCUUCCUGGAUUUGUCCAUGGACUCAUGAGCCUGCUCCUGGGGCUCCUGGACAUAGCAUUUGGGCAAGGCUCUGGCUGUUGUCUGUGGGGAUGACAAGCGUAGCGAGACGGCUAUACAGGGAUGCUAAGGGCUUUUGUUAAGCACAGCAGCCAGAUCUCCUAAGCCUAUCAGCUGCCCUAGCUCCAGCCUGCGUCUGGCUGCACAGGUUGGCUCUGGUGCCAGGCUGUCCCCACCACCGCUGCGUCACUCCUGUGUGGCCGUGGGCUGAGCCCUCCUUGAGGACUAACUCCCAGGGGAGGCUUGAGGCUCAGCCAGGCCCUUGGUUCUAUUUGUUUUUCCAGUUUAUAUUGUGGUCCUAAUUUUGUAAAGUAACGCUAACUUUGUAUGGAUGACGACGUCUCAAGUUUAUUAAAUGACAUUCUUUAUCAUAA